AUGCCAAAAUAUUAUUGCGAUUACUGUGAUACUUUUUUGACGCAUGAUUCGCCUUCUGUUCGGAAAACUCACAAUGGUGGUCGAAAGCAUAAGGAAAAUGUGCGAAUGUUUUAUCAGAAAUGGAUGGAGGAGCAAGCUCAGAAGCUAGUAGAUGCUACGGCACGAGCAUUCACUCAAGGUCGUAUGUCUGGAAGUCAAGGAAGUGGUCCUAGAAUGCCUAUGCCGGUUGGUGGACCGAGACCACCGAUGAUGCCGCCAGUUGGUGGCCCACCAGUUCGAGGCCCUAUGCCAUUUCCUUAUCCACCAAUGGGAGCUCCAGUAGGACCGCCGAUGUUGAGGCCACCAUUUAUGAUGCCUCCUGGACCUCGUCGAGAAAUUCGAUAA